UCAUGUCAGGAUUCAAGUGUUGAGGAGCUCCAGAUGAUUGAAACCCAUUAGUGAUGAAGAUGAUGAAGAUGAUGAGUCGAGCUCUCCUGCUUGUGUUUCUCUUCAGCUCUGUGGACAGCCGGAGGGUUCGAGGACACCGGGCUCAGAGCCGACAGUCAGAGACGCCCGAGAGUUUUCCUCUGGAUUUCACGGCGGUGGAGGGAAACAUGGACAGUUUCAUGACUCAGGUGAAGAACUUGGCUCAGUCUCUCUAUCCCUGCUCGACUCAAAAACUGGAGCAGGAGAUGAAGCUUCAGUUCUUGAUCAACUCAUCCGUCACCUGUAAUGAUGGGUCACCUGCUGGUUAUUAUAUAAAGGAGUCUCGGGGAAGCCGCAGGUGGUUGAUCUUUCUGGAGGGUGGAUGGUACUGCUUCAGCAAACAAACCUGUGACAGCAGAUAUGAGACCAUGAGACGUCUCAUGAGCUCCAGUACAUGGCCUCUGACACGGACAGGCACAGGGAUUCUGUCACCACAGCCUGAGGAGAAUCCACACUGGUGGAACGCAAACAGAGUGUUUGUGCCGUACUGCUCCAGUGAUGCGUGGAGUGGCACCACAAUGAAGACAGAACAGAAUGAUUAUGUGUUCAUGGGCUCUCUGAUCAUUCAGGAGGUUGUGAAGGAGCUUUUAACUAAAGGACUGGAGAACGCCAAAGUUCUUCUGCUGGCGGGGAGCAGUGCUGGUGGUACAGGUGUUCUGUUAAAUGUGGACCGUGUGGCGGAGCUUCUGAAGGAUCUGAGUCACACGUCGCUUCAGGUGCGAGGUCUGGCAGACUCAGGCUGGUUUCUAGAUAAUAAACAGUCUCGUAACACUGACUGUAUCGACACUGUGAGCUGUGACCCGACAGAAGCCAUCAGGAGAGGAAUCAGGUACUGGGGCAGUGUGGUACCAGAACAAUGCGGUCGACUGUAUGAAGGUGAAGAGUGGAACUGUUUCUUUGGAUAUAAAGUUCAUCCCACUCUGAAGAGGCCGGUGUUUGUGGUGCAGUGGUUGUUUGAUGAAGCUCAGAUGAUGGUUGAUAACAUUCAUCUGAGCGGUCAGCCCGUGCAGGAGGGACAGUGGAGAUACAUUCAGAACCUGGCCACUGAACUCAGAAACACUCUGAAGAACGUCCCGGGUAUGUUUGCACCGGCGUGUUUGUCUCAUGAGAUCAUCACUAGAAGUUACUGGACGGACAUCCAGGUGAAGGGGACAUCCCUCCCGCGAGCGCUUCAGUGCUGGGACCGCAGUCUCCAGAACGGCCUCCGUAACCACGGCAACAGCAGCAUCACUCGGACUCCGCCCAAGGGCUGUCCCCUGCACCUGAUUGACAGCUGUCCGUGGCCUCACUGUAACCCCACGUGUCCCGCGAUCAGAGAUCAGCUGACGGGUCAGGAGAUGAGCGUCAUUCAGUUUCUCACACACUUGGGCUUUGACGUCCAGCGCAUGGCGCAGCAGCAGGGCAUGGAGCCCAACAAACUACUGGGCAUGCUCAGUAACGGCACCUGAG